CACUUGCACUUGCGACCGCGCGCGAGCAGCAGCGACGUCCCCUUUUUCCUAGAGGAAGCAGCCACAGCCCACUGAGCUCGCUCGCGCGCGCUAGCUACCUACGCACAUAUCUAGCAGCUACUACCUAGCCAGCAGCAGCUACAGCCGCGCUCGCCGAGGCCGGGGCACAGAGGGUACUACAAAGAUAUGCGGAGGCAGCAGCCGAGGCCGGGGCAGCAGCGGCGGUAGACGACGACGACGCACACAGACGCGCGCGGUCGAUCGGCUAUCAUGAGCGGAGGCGGCGGCGGCAGGCACGAGAACGGGCACGGCGGCGCGGCGGCUGCAGGUGGAAGCGGAGGAAGCAGCGACGCGCACGAGGACGACCUGGUGAUGCCGGGCUUCCGGUUCCACCCCACGGAGGAGGAGCUCAUCGAGUUCUACCUCCGCCGGAAGGUGGAGGGCAAGCGCUUCAACGUGGAGCUCAUCACCUUCCUCGACCUCUACCGCUACGACCCAUGGGAGCUCCCAGCAAUGGCCGCGAUUGGGGAGAAGGAGUGGUACUUCUACGUGCCGAGGGACCGCAAGUACCGCAACGGCGACAGGCCCAACCGGGUGACGGCGUCGGGCUACUGGAAGGCCACGGGCGCCGACCGCACCAUCAAGGCGGACAACAGCCGCCCCAUCGGGCUCAAGAAGACGCUCGUCUUCUACUCCGGCAAGGCGCCCAAGGGCGUCCGCAGCAGCUGGAUCAUGAACGAGUACCGCCUCCCGCCCGACGACACCGACCGCUACCACAAGACCGAAAUAUCCCUCUGCCGCGUGUACAAGCGCACCGGCAUCGACGACGGCGGCCACGGGCAUCCCGCCUCGGCGCGCUCGACGCCCUCCCGCGGCGUCGUCACGGCGCCGCAGCAAGACAACAAGCAGCAGGCGUCGUCGUCGUCGACGCCCACGCCGCCCACGACCCCGUCCAAGAUGAUGCAGUUCCUCCACGGCGAGUGCACGUCGUCGCAGCCCGCGGCCAUCUGCAGGAACAGUCACCACGCCGCGGCGGCGGCGCACAGCAAUAACAAGGCGGCGGCGGCGGGGGCGCAGCGGCAGUCGCAGCUCCUCCCCACGAAGCCGUACUGCAGCGGCUACCAGCAGCUGUCCACAGCGAGCUCUGCUGGCUCUGCCGUGGGGGCGGCCGUCGACCACCACCAUCACCAGCAGCAGCAGCAGCAGGCGGGAACGGGAGCCGCGGCGGUGUCGACGUCGUCGUCGUCGUCCAGAAACGCGAGCUACGCGCUCGCCGCCGCGUCCACGUACUCGCUGCUCAGCCUGGUGAACGCCGCCUCCAUGGGCGGGUCCGGGUCCGCCGCGGCCAUCGACGAGCUCAGUACGCUGGUCGGGCACGUCCACGGCGCGCCGCCGUACUUCAACCACCAGGCCGCCGCCGCAGGCGGCCACGGCCACGGCCACGGCUUCGUCCUCCCCCUGCCGACGACGCCGUCGUCGCAGCAGCCAAUGGCGGCGCUCGGGACGCUACCCCUGUCCCUGGCCGCCAUAUCUGACAAGAUCUGGGACUGGAACCCGGUCGGCCCCGACGCGACGGCUAGAGACUACGGCAGCGCCACCGGCGGAUUCAAGUGACGGCUAAUGAGAGCGGCGCCCGGCCGCAUGCACGCCGCAGCUUCGCGCGCACGGGGGGUGGAUCUGUGGCGGCGCGCGCGCGCGUGCAUUACGAUCCUAAAUGGUACACAGCUACUACAGAGCCCAUGCAGAUCUUAUUUCUCUCCCUCGCGGUAAAUUUGUUCACGGUAAAUUCUGAGGAAUUAAACCAUCAGUGUAGACAACUAUAUAUAUACCCUUUUUAAUCAGGCCCUAGGUCAUACCAACUUGUACUACCAGUAGUAUGAUCAGGAUAGUAGUACGUAAGCUGUAUGUAAUUCACCAUCAUACCUGAAUUGCGUAGAAUAACCUCUCGCCUUUUAUUGGAU